CGCGGACAAAUAACACACACGUACACAUACACACACGUAGCCGCAAUCGGCGAAGUUACAGGAAAAAAAAACGAAGUUCUCCAGCGAACUGAGCGAACGAGCGAGAGGGCAAGACUGCGCACGGGAACGCACACAGUCACACCGCUGGGAACAGGGCAGUGACAGCAGCAGCCAGCUAUGGCAGCGCAGCCAGCAGCGAGGAAACACAACCAGCCGCACCAGGGAGAAAGUUGAAAAUAGUGAAAAUAUUACACGCACACACCCGCGCCAAGGGUGCGAAAGAGAGAGCGAGAGAGUGAGUGGGUGAGCGAGGGAAGUGCGUGAUUGCGUCCGGGGAAAGGUGUGCGUAGUUGCUCGGACAAUCGCGUGCCUGCCUUUGCGUGCGUGUCCCGCUGGCUGUGUGCGUGUUUGUGUGUGUGUGUGUGUUCUGUCGAAUCGUGCGUGCCUGUGCGUGGCGCUGUGUGCAGUGUGUGUGCGUGUUCGGGCUAACGGGUGUUUUUGGUGCGAUCGGGAUUUUGGGUGCGGUGUGUGUGCGCGCGCGGUGUACUGACCUGACCUGGCAAAACGGGUCUGGUGCGUGUGUGUAUGUGUGUGCGUGCGUGUGUAUGUACGCGCGUUCCGUGUGCGUGAAAAGUGCGUGAACUUUCCCUCGCGUGAAGCAGCAGCAGCAUCAACAGCAGGGCAACAAACCGACAACCGACCGCUGCCGCUGGGUCAGUACGGAGCUUUUUUUUGGUGGUGACGCACCACCACAACCACCACCAGCAACAACAACAACAACACGGUAGUGCAUUUGGCCAGGUGGUCGGUCAGUCUGUCCCACGGUUUGGGAUCGAAAAGCCCAAAAUCGUUGUGCAAACCGGGGCAAACGAAACGGUCACUGGCUGGAGAGGACGCAAAAGAAACAGAAGAAGCAGCGGCGGCGGCGGUACAAACACCCACACGGUUGGCCAUCAAUCAAACAAGGAAGAAAAGGGGGAAAAGAAUACACACACAAAUAGAGACACUCGCAGUGGCGAAGAGGAGGUGCGCUCUUUCUGGUCGCGAGAGCGUCACUCCCGACCAAUUCCCGGACGGUCCAGCACCUGUCCGCGAACAAGAAAAGAAGGCAGCAGAAAGGUUAGCGGCGGCGGGCCUCGCCCACCGUCCAUCGCCCGUAUCCAUCGAACACCGAUACUUCCCAUUUCCCCCGCCUUCCUGCAGCGCCAGCACCGCUGCCUCAUUCACUAGGUACAGUUUGCAACAAUUGCGCCCGCCAGGGCGAGCGCGCGGGGGCAAAUCGGAAAUUAAAUAAAAUAAAACCGCACCGCCGUCGCCGCCGCCGCCCCGCGCGGUACGGCGACACGUUCUAACCCGCGCGCGCGUGUGUGUUUCUGUGUGUCAGUGUGUGUCUUCAUCAUCAUCAUCAUCACCCAUCAGCGCUGCCUCAGCAACAAAACUCAGCAACAAUCAACUCGGCAAACUCGGUUUGCCCCUCAAAAGCAGCAACAGAAACUACUCACAAUCAUCAACGCACCGUUUUCCCCCCAAAAAAACGAAAAAAAACUACUUCGCGCGCCUCGCGAAACGCAAUCAGCCGGAUGAACUUUUCGCUGUCCCGCAAAAGGAGCAGCAGCAGCAGCGGGGAGUGGCAGCGAAGGGUACACUGACCGGGAACAUCCCUCCCCACUACAGCCCGAAGUACCGUAUGAAAGCAGCACGGGUCCGCUAGUAGCAGCAGCAGUAGCGAAACGCAACCAGCGAAAGAAAAAUCGCAACCCCCCGCCCUAAAACACGCCCGAAAAUUGGGCGAUAACAAGAAGAAGGGGGGAAAAAACAGCUGGACGCGCGCGCGCGUGUGUGUGUGUGCGAGUACACGCAUCGGUGCCCCGCGUACCCGCCAUCAUCUGGUGGCGCCGUCACACCGCACACCGCAAGCAACCUUUAAACGCAUCCGCCACACCUCCGGCGAGGGACAUACCGGACCCGGCUCGGUGUGCGUGUGUGCGUGUGCAGUGUGCAGUGUGCGUCCCGGAUACGGAUGACCGUAUCCCCCGGCCGGCCAUUAUGGCUGAGGAAGUGACGGCCGUGCUGCGGAUGAGCAAGGAUGGGACGACGUUCGGCUUUCUGCUGCGCCAGAUCGACAUCGGCGAGCAUGUGAUUUACAAGAUCAUCGAAAACACGCCGGCCGACAUGUGUGCCAAGGUCGAAAUCGGUGAUAUCGUGAUGAAGAUAAACGGCGUGGAUGUUACUGGAUUGGCAACCAAAGAUGUGGUGAAAUGUGUGCGGGUUUCACCGAACCCGAUGACGCUGCAGCUCCGAAAAGAUCCGCAGGUGAAGAGCCGCGUGUACGAGAUGAUUAAGUCGACCUCGCCGGAACGGGUGCUGCACCAUCAGCUGCACCAGCAGCAGACGCCCCCGGCCCAGGGCCCGGAAGAGUUUACCGUGGUGCUGCGGCGCAAGCAGGAGGACACGCGGCUCGGCUUUGUGGUGCGCGCGACCGACCUGCUCGAUCACGUGAUCGUCGAGAUUCGGCAAGAUUCGCCCGCCGCCCUCUGCGGAAAGGUGGAGGUCGGCGAUGUUUUCUUAAAAAUAAAUGACACGGAUGCGCAACAAUAUUCCCCACGUGAUGUAUUAAAAUGUUUAGGACUUGCUACGGAACCGAUCACGCUGCGCAUGAAGCGAGAUCCGUGGAUAAAGAAAUACCUGCGCGAGCAGUACCAGCACGAGGAGCAGCAGCUCGUGCUGAGCGACGACUCGAUCGAGUCGCAAUCGUACAAGGUGCGGAGCGACAACACGAACGGUUCCUCGCCGUCGCUGCCGGCGUCGCGCCUGGCGCAGCCGAAACGCUCCAAGCUGCUGUCGCUCGACUCGGAGCCGAACCUAAACUCGCCGAAUGCCGCCCGGACGCCCGGCAACGGCAACCCGUACGCGGUGCGCGAGUGUCAGUCCGAGUCGGCGUGCCGGCCGUCCCGCAUACCGCAGGCGAUCGCGCACAGCAACUGGAGCGCCCCGCAGUCGCCGUCGCGGGGGCGGAAGCCGCCGCGCGCCUCCCAGAUACCGACGGCCCGGUCGGAUCUCCUCAAGCACCAGCGGUUCGUCAUGACCGGCGAGUCCCAGUUCGAGUCGCGCUACUACGACACCACGACGACAACGACGACGACCGCGGUCAUUAAGGAGCCACCGGAAAGCGUCCGGGACUCGCCGACCAAUCAGCGAUUUGGUGGCGUCGGCGGCAAGCGCAAGAACGCACCGCUGGUCAACUACGAUACGCUUUCCUCGUCCACCAGCCGGUCGGACGAGAACAGCAACAGCAGCUGCCUGAUGGAGGACAACGCAAACAACGACCCGACGCAGCCGCCCUCGCCCGCCUCCCCCCUCUCGCCAACGGAUGCGACGGCGGCGGCAGCGGCCAGCGACAAUAAUGGCGGUAAGCUGAACGCCAACCACGGCUCGAACGGUAACAACAAUCUGCCGGAACCGGGCAAGCCGGCGAACCGCAGCAACGGUGAGGGCGGCACUGACGGUGGUGCGAGUGGAAACCAAAACGCAUACAGCGGCAACGCGACGACAGCAGGCGAUGAUGCGGCCGCCGGUCGGGAGGGCGUUGCAUGGGCGAAAGACUGUGAUAGUUCGGCCGGCGGCGGCGGUGGUGGUGGUGGUGGGGGCACGCGGACGAACAGUGAGGCCGCCGCCCGGCAGCGCCAUACAGGGGCGGGGUCGCGCUCGCGGGGCGAUCCGAGCGAGAUUAGCUACUCGGUGCCAACGUCCCCCACCACGUACAGUGUGGGGGGUGGCGGUGGAGGCGGUGGUGGUGGUGGUGGCGGUGGUCCCGGUGGGGGCAGCGAGUAUCAUCAUCACCAUCAUCACCAUCAUCAUCUGCUGUCGUCGGGCGGUGGUGAGCAGUAUCGCAAUAACAACGAGAUGGGCAUCAACUCGCUACCGACGAGCCCGGAGUAUGGGGGCGCAGCAGGAGGAGGCGGGGGCGUAGGAGGAGGAGGUGGUCAGCAGGUGUUCCGGUACGGGGCCGGCUCGGUGACCGAACACUCCUCGAACGGUGGCUGUGGUGGUGGUGGUGGCAGUGGCGGCACGGGCGACAUGAGCAGCGGCGAGCUGACGGCCAACACGAACAUGAGCUCCGGGUCGGGCCCGGCCAGCGGCAUGGUACGCAAGUGUGACGCGGCCGGCUUCCGCACUAGCCGCUCGGAGGAUCAUCUGCAGCAGACGCAGCGGGACGGCGGCAUCGGGGCGGUGGUUUCGAUCGACAUCGACGAGGACGUGAACAGCUCGCUCAACACGCUGCUCGACACGCGCCACGAUUCGCAGGAGUACGCGAUAUCGGAACGCGAACGGUUUCUCUGGUCGUACAACGCGCAGCCAGCUCCAAAGACGACGGCAGCCGGGGGCGGUGGCGGGACCGAGGGCGCGACCGGUCACGCCAGCGAACCGGGUGGUGCUGCCAGCGUGGUCUCGCCCCAGUCCUACUCCAGCUCGGUCAGCUCGUCGCCCCAGCGCUCGGCCAGCGAUAGUCCGGCUUCACCUACCUCCGUCUCGAGCUCGGUCAUGUCUUCCUCUGGCGGGUCGCGCGAGCACUCGCACAACGGGCAUGCGGGCGGAACGAACAGUUCCUCGAUCGCUAACAAUCUGCCGGGAGGCAAUCACUACCACCAGCAGCAGCAGCACUCGCACCAUCAGCAUCACUCACAGCACCACCACCACCACAACAACCAGCAACAGCAGCAGCAGCAGCAGCAGCACCAUCACCAUCAGCAGCAGCACUCCUCCGGUGUUGGCCAGCAGCAGCAGCCCGGGUACGGUGGAGGCGGCGGCCGCGAUCACAGCGUCUCGGAGGCGGUCUCGAACAUCUCCAGCCCCGACUACCAGGACGAGCACGAUCUGCUCAGCACCAAGGACCUGAUGGCGAUGGCGAUCAGCGAUCCGAGCGACUCCGACUCGACCAUCCUCAUCUCGGAGAACACGCACCGGUGCGACCUGCCGCUGAGCCACUCGGACCGCGACCACAAGCUGGUGAUUCAGGUGAAGUCGGGCGAGCUGGGCGGUGCUGCCGACUGCGGGCGCCACCUGACCGACGCGGAGGAAGACUACGACGGGGCCCGCUGUCUCGCGCUGCUCAAGGAGGCGGAACGGUCCGAGCUGGACAGCUUCGACGCGAUGGACUGCGACGGCAUGAUGCUGCAGAUGCCGGGCCCCAACAGUGGGCUGGUGCCGGCGGGCCACGCGGGCGACGGCAUGCUCGCGUACGGGGGCAGCGUGACGCGCGAAUCAUCCCCGCCCGUGUCCGACGAUGGUAGCGACGUUGACUCGCUGCACUCGUUCCACUACUCGCCGAAGGCGGUCGAUCUACCGUCGGCCGAGCGGCUGGCCAAGCGGCUCUACUACCUGGAGGGCUUCAAGAAAAGCGACGUUUCGCGACAUCUCUGCAAAAACAACGAUUUCAGCCGCGCCGUCGCCGAGGAGUAUCUAAAGUUCUUUUUCUUCGAGUGUCUCACGCUGGACAAGGCGCUGCGCCUGUUUCUGAAGCAGUUUUCACUGACCGGCGAAACGCAGGAGCGGGAGCGUGUGCUGGUACACUUCUCCAAGCGAUACCUGGACUGCAAUCCACGCUCGUUCAAUUCCCAAGAUGCUGUGCAUACGUUGACCUGUGCUAUUAUGCUGCUAAAUACGGACCUGCACGGACAGAACAUUGGCUCCAAGAUGACGUGCGCCGAGUUUAUUGACAAUCUGAGCGACCUGAACGACGGCGAAAACUUCCCCAAGAAUGUGCUGAAGCAGCUCUACUAUUCCAUCAAGGAGAAGCAACUCGAGUGGGCACUCGACGACGAAACGGAUCCAAAGUCGGGCAACCGCAACGGCGACGGCAACGGCAACGGUGGCAAUGGCAACGGGCUCGGCGGCAGCCUCGGCGGCAACGGUGGCGGCGGUGGGGACGGUGGACCGACCGGUGGCAGCCUGCAGGGGCCACCGGUCGGGCCGAACCCGUUCCUCGAGGCGCCGCCCAUGUUUGCGGCGGUCGAGUACAAGAAGGGCUACGUGAUGCGCAAGUGCUGCUACGACACGAACUACAAGAAGACAUGCUGCGGGUUUGUUUGUUCGCUUGCAGCACCGUUCGGCCGGCGGUCGUGGAAGAUGUUCUUCUGCACGUUGCGUGACCUGGUGCUGUACCUGCACAAGGACGAGCACGGCUUCCGGAAGAACCAGAUGUCGGACAACGUGCACAACGCGAUCCGCAUCCACCAUGCGCUGGCGACGCGCGCGAGCGACUACACCAAGAAGCAGCACGUGUUCCGGCUGCAGACGGCCGACCAGUCGGAGUUUCUGUUCCAGACGAGCGACUCGAAGGAGCUGCAGUCGUGGAUCGACACGAUCAACUUUGUGUGCGCCUCGUUUUCUGCCCCGCCGCUCGAGGGCGGUGUCGGCAGCCAGAAGAGAUUUCAGCGACCGUUGCUACCGUGCACCCACAGUCGCCUGCUGUUGCGCGAUCAAUUGUCAUCGCACGAGCGACAAAUUAACAAGAUAAUGACCAUGCUCGAGGAGCACAAGAUGUCAACCGCGCCACCGAAGGGGCUGGCCCUGCAGAACUACAAGGAAAAGGAGGUGUAUCUGCAGUAUGAGCUGAAGCGAUACAAAACCUACUACAACCUGCUCAGCUCGCGGUUAACGAUGGAGCCGCAAGAUUUCACCAACCAGCAUCAGGUCAGUGCGGCCGCCCUGAACGAUACUGGCGAGCGGCGGGACGACUCCACGUGCAGCACGAUGCUACCGCUCGGUGGUGGUGGUGGCGGCGGCGGAGGCGGCUACGAGUACGGUGCUAACAGUCAUCCGGGACCGGGCCAGCAGCGGACGGCGACUAAUGCCGGUAACCUAAUGCCAAACUUUAUCCAGCAGCACCAGGGCCAGGGUGGCGGGCCCGGGCUGAACGCAACCGGUCGGUCGGGGCUGUCGCCGCCGGAUACGACAGCGCUCGGGCAGCUGCCCCGCGUCGCGACCGAAUCCACCAACAGCCUGUAGGCGUGUGAGACCGGCUGGUUCGGCCCAUUCUUCACCCCGCCCCCUUAGCGCCUCCGGGUAACCAAACGUGGGCAGACAGUAGCGAGCGGUCGGUAGCGCAGUGAAGGGACGGGGUGGAAAUUAAACCGAAACACGCUGGGAAACCCGAAACGAAACAUUUGUGUGCAUAUAUAUAUUUAGAGAGAUAUAUAUAUAUACUAUAAACAUUACUGGUAGGUGACGCGGUCAGACAAAUCCGAUAGAAGUAUUUCGCACUAGUAUUCACAGACGCGCGCGGAUGCUUGUCUUGCAUUCCAAAAUUGACAACGUGUGGCAUCAUCUGCCUGUCAUCCGCCUGGAAAGUUAAAUUAGCAACAACAAAAAAAAAAGAAAAGAAAAACGAAGGGAAGAAAAAGUAAUACAAAGGUAAAGCAUUAAUCGCAUUUAUGGAAGUAGCGCUCCUCUAACGUUCCCUUCCUGCUUCAUACUACCUGACUUCCCCUCCCCCCCCUACCCCCUCUCCCCACUGUCUGACGUUUCCUACUUAAACACGCGCCGGAAGCAUUGCCGGCUCCCCGCGCCGACAGUCAACAGCAAAAAGGCGCCACCCACUGCAGUGAUCGUGAGCAUUUAUUUAAAGCUUAUUAUUAUAUAUAUACACACACAGUCUGUUGUAUGUCAUGUGUAACCAUUUGCUAAAGAAGAGUGCCCCCCCUCCCCCUCGCCACCCGACUGCUUUUGCUUUUGCGUGACGGUUUACUACUUAGAGCAAAAGAAGGGUACCCCGGCCGCUUGCAGCAACCGGGCCGCGCUUGCUUUCUAUUUAUUUUGGAUGAACUUAUUAUCGUUACGCAGGCAAAAGGCACUCGGGCUUGAUGUGCUUAUUGUAAGCGAAAUAAUAGCCACUGGCAGAUAUAGUUUUUAUUCUCCUCCUGCAACCAAAAACCAGCCGAACAAAACACACAGUUAGGGCAAUCGUAGCGGAGUGCACUAUUUCCGGUGGUCGUAGUCAGAUUGUAGUCAACACACACACACAUUAGUAGCAGCAGUUUGAGGUGCUUACCAUACCCACAAUCAUCCGGCCAACGGAGCGAUCAAAGCACAGCUUUAGGGCGGAGUGGAGGGAUGGUUUACUAACCCGUUCGCGAACUGGCAAAUGGGACGUUGAAUCACGCGACGUGCCAAAAUUACGUUUCAAUUACGCAUGUUCGACCGGGGGAGAGGAGGGGGGAGAGGGGAGGGAGGGAAGCACGAACCUCCUCGUUGCCCAUCAUAAUCUGUCCGGAUCAUGAGAUUGUCGUACAGCCAAAUAGUGAGGUACGCCACCGGAGGUUGUACCGCGGAGGAAGCAACGCGAUAGGAACGCGUUUCAGUAGCGAAGUGCAGUCGUUUUCCCGUUUUUCACGCACUAAGCAGGGUGGGCAGGGGUCAGGAAGGCAGGGACGGAAGGGACGCUGUGUUGUCAUCACUUUAUAUAGGCUUGAUGAUAGGGUUUAUGAUUCCGAGCCGUGUUUUAGAGAGCAAGUCUACUCUCGCCGGCUGCGAUCGACCAUACCGGGGCAAUUACGCGUUCAUUAUUACAUUCUACUGCUAUACGAUUUAUACCUAAGCACGCAAACACUUUGAUAGGAUUGUAGUCAGGAUUAUGUUUUUCCUCGCCCCGCUGAAUUUUCCCACAAUUUCCUACUACCGGUUUUGUUGCUCCUCACAUACGUAACGGAUAGCGUUUAUUGUGUACACUAGUUCGGUAGGCUUCAUCACGCGCGUAUAGAAUUGUUUACAUUUUUUGUAUUUGUUUUUUGUUUUUUUUUUAUUUGUUUGUUUGAACUUAUUUGCAACAUAUUAUUGGAAGAGAAGUUUAGGGUUUUUUUUUACAGAAAAGUUAAAACAUCGUAAUCAAGAUGAUGAAAGCUGAACCGCGCAGUACGCUUGUAUUUACUGUGUAUGAACGCUUUAAAAAAGAAGAAGAAGAAAAAAACGAAAUCAUAGAACGAAUCCAUUAUUCGGCCUGUUCCGUGGGAUGGGGUAGGGGAAGGGAGAAGAAUGCUGGUUGUUGUUUGCAGUGUAUGCAGUAUUUGCAGUUUAGAUUUGCUUUUUUGUUUAUUUGAUUGUUUUUUUUUUUAAUUACGCCCCCCCAAAUAACUCUCUCUUUCUCUCUCUAUCUCUUUAUCUUGCUAACGCUUCCGAGUGUAAUUUGCUACCUUAUUUAUAUUGGAACCUAGUUCAUGGCAUACAACAACAACAAACAAAAAAAUAACUGAUGCGAAAACGAAAGGCUGAUUUGAGAACGAGAAGACACACGGUUACAGUAGUGCCGAGGAAGAAAAAAACGGGGACACUGAAGGAAGAAAAAAAUGGGAAGAGAACAAGGGGAAAAGAAACGCAUCCUAGGCUAGUUGUUUGAUUUUUUUGUUUUGCUGUUUCGCCCCAAUGAGACUGUGUGUAGUUUUACAUUCUUCCACCAAUCGGACACAGGGGUGGCAAACAGGCGAGCGAUGGUGUGUGAUGAUCGUGACUGCUCCUGGUUUGUGUUGGACUUGGACUUACUUCUUUUUUUUUU